UCUGCUUAACUGCAUUCUGUUUCCUCUACAGUUUCAAUUCUCUUCUCCCCUUUCUCUUUGAAUCUCAAUUCAAAAUGCAGAGAGAGGAUGUUUCAUACGAUUCUCUUCUCGCCUCCUCCGCCGCCGAUAAAUCAGCGGCGGCGUCGCUGCUAUUCUCUUUCACCAAUCCGUUCCUUCCUCCGACGUCGCCGAGUUACGUGAACUCAGACGCCUCCUUCUACUCCUCGCUCUUCCAGAAUCACUCGUCGAGCACCACCUCCGAUACCGCCUCCUUCGACGGCGGCGACGACGCCGAUCGACGCAUCCAGGACGCCAGCUGCGUCGUCGAGUAUCAGCAGCUCUACAAUCGCUACACGCUCUGUCUCGCUCAGCUCCACGACGCGAUCGAGGAGGCCGACGCGCUCCGCCGCGACAACGACUCUCUCCGCCUCUCCAAUGCGGAUCUGACGCACCGGAUUGCCUUGCUAUUCUCGCGCGGUCGCCUCUUAUCCGAUUUCAACCGCCUGAACGUCGCUUCUCCCUCGGCCGCCGCCGCUCAUCUGAGCCUGACUCAGCCUCUCGCCGAACUCAAUCGUGUCGAGCGGAGGAGUAUUGAGAGAGUCACGCUUCCGAAGAGCAUUUCUGUGCGCACUAGUGGUUUCCUGAAGAUGACUCGGCCAGGUCGAGACACAACUGGCGACAAAGUAGUGAGUCAACCCACUCCUGAAUUGCGUGAGCAGCAAAGAGUGUAUGUGGGUGGGUCCACAGCAGAAAAUGUGGAGGAGCUGGAUGUGUACAACCAAGGAAUGACGAAAACGGAGCUUUGCAACAAGUGGCAGGAGACGGGUGCCUGCCCCUACGGAGAGAACUGCCAAUUCGCGCACGGGAUCAACGAGCUGCGACCGGUGAUAAGGCACCCGCGCUACAAGACCGAGGUCUGUCGCAUGGUGCUUGCCGGAGACGUCUGCCCCUAUGGCCACCGCUGCCACUUCCGCCACUCUCUCACCGAGGAGGAGCGCCUCAUGGUGGCACCUCCGCAGCAUUGAGAUUUUCAUGGGCGAUUGGUGAGAGUUGUCAAUAAGUUGUUUAUUCUUUAAAAUGUUUGUUUUUUGGUUGCUAUAGUAGAUGUAUAGUAGUUGAUCGAUCCCUUGAAGGAGACAUAUAUGAAUGUUGAGUAAAAUUUGAUAAAGAUAGAGAGAAAUUGCAUAAAUGGUUGUUUGUUGCCGCAUUGUGUGAUGGUGAUUGCGGCAUUAUGACACUAGGCUCGUGUGUCUGUCGGGGGAUUUUGUUAUUUAACUGAAAAUCAUAUUCCUUCUUA